AUACAACGUGCUCUUCCAGUCAAUUCCCCCUUUGUUUAUACAAGCCGCUGUCACAUGUACUCCUUCGCCAUACUUUGCCACUGCGAUGGCAACACAAUUCGUUUCUUUUCCACCUCAUUAUAAUGACAAGUCUUAUAAAUCAUUGGAAACUCCGUGCGGAAGUGGCUUGCUUUCUACCCACCGCUCCGUUGGAAGUUAUAUCAGUGUUUCACUCAUCAAAAAUACUAUAUGAUCCCUGCAUAGGAUUGGAUGGGAAACGGUACCGAACAAUGAAUAACAGAAUAUGCAUGCGACGAUWAAUUCUUUGUUGCUUUUGCAAUAGAAAAGAAUCAUUCAUCCCUUUUCCUUCCAAUUUAUCGUUGCGUAGUCUUCGUUUUAAGCACGCUCACCACGGAUACGACGAGCCAACUGAAUAUCCUUGGGCAUAAUCGUCACACGCUUGGCGUGGAUGGCGCAAAGGUUGGUAUCUUCGAACAAACCCACCAGGUAGGCCUCGGCGGAUUCCUGGAGGGCGAGGACGGCCGAUCCCUGAAAGCGCAGAUCACUCUUGAAAUCCUGGGCAAUCUCACGAACCAAACGCUGAAAAGGAAGCUUUCGGAUCAAGAGAUCAGUGCUCUUUUGGUAACGACGGAUCUCGCGGAGGGCAACGGUUCCGGGCCGGUAUCGAUGGGGCUUUUUGACGCCUCCGGUGGCGGGGGCCGACUUGCGGGCGGCCUUGGUAGCGAGCUGUUUGCGGGGAGCCUUUCCUCCGGUAGACUUUCGGGCGGUCUGGUGCGAUGCAAUAAUAAAGMGAAAAAUAUUUACUUUCGUUAGAUCAACACUGUCUUCGAAACGAAUAGAAUGAAUCAAACCCGUGUCCUGGUGUUGCUCYGUGUAGAAUUUACUCAUAAAUUAAGCCUCUCUUUUAUUUUUCUUACUUGUUUUGUUCGGGCCAUGGUUAUUGAAGUGAAGUUGAAUGGGUCCAAUUGAAGAUCAAUCCGUUUUCUGUCAAACACUAGGUAUGAGUUUGAGUUGUUCUGCUAAUUUUCUUUCGUUCCUUUGUCGUCAAUGUUCCAUCCGCAAGAAGUCGUGCCAACACCUUGCUGUCGUUAAGAUGCUGCUGCUGCUGUCUCUUCGCUGUUUUUUGGACGGCGGUGCUCGCAAUUCUAUCCGAAAAAUUGUCUCGUUUGAGUCGAACGAGUCAAUUUACCAAGUCAGUAGUGGAGAUUGGAGAUACUUACGUUUCGUACGGUACAGCAGGUACAGUACGUGCUACGGUACUAGUCGUUCAUCCACGAGUACUUCUCGUGGGGAUAAGAGUACGUACUACGAGUACCAUACUGGUCGUAACCCCCAGGAAUUUUCCCUACGAUGCCUCUCGCUCAACGUGACAUAAAAUCUCGCACAAAAUCUCACACAAUCACAAUCAAGCAAGCAAGCAAGCAAGUACCGUUACAAACACGACCGAAACCAUGGCCCCGUCCCAAACCACGGAACACGCGACGGAAGACAAGGAGCCGCUGCCCACCGCUUCGGAACUACAGAAGCAACUCCGGGUGGAUGCCACCAUGGGCGCCAACGGAUUCGCAAAGAGCUUGCUCCGCGCUGUGGUGGUUCGGAGCGUCGAGCUCGGCGGCGGUUCCGCGCACGGGCGGCGAGACAGAGACCGAUUGGUCGUGUCCUUCCGYGUCACGCCCGAAUUGUCCAACGGCCACGGUCUCCACGGGGGUGCCUUUGCCACCGCAACGGAUGUCUUUACGUCCGUGAUCUUGCACCUCAGAACUCCCGUGCCGAGCGUGACGUCGGACCUGCACGUUUCGUGCCUCGCCCCGGCRCCGAUCGGAUCCACCGUGGUGUGCAUCUGCACGGUCGACCGAGCCGGYGGAAGGCUACAGUAUUCAUCGUGCGAUCUAUACCGGGAGGAGAGCAACAACGGCGGAAUCGUUGGAGAAAGCACCAACCCGAAAUGGAUACCGAUAGGRAAAGGAUUGCACACCAAGUGCGUUCUCAAAAAAGCACGGAAGAACGCCUUGCCACCUAGGACAUCGAGGCUCUGAUCGUUGGUUCUUUCGAGGUCGUGUCUACCGUAACAUUGCGAGCACACCACAGCACUCCAAACCAAAGGAAAACAGGAAUACGCAACAAACUACGUUACGGUGCUGGAGCUUGGCGUUCCGGUAUUUUUAAUUUUUUGUCUGAGUAUCGUGCAUCUCUCGUAUCGUACAGUAUGUACGGUAGAGGUACCUGGUACGCGUUCGUACCAAAAAGAAAAAAAAAAGCCUCGAUCCUGUUGUUGAUCGGUGAAGUCGGCGACGACCUACCUACUGUAGUACGAACAAUGAAUCGUGAAUUCUAUU